AUGCUAAAGAAAGCAAUCUUAAUAGACAACAUAGCUUGUGUUUUACUACAGAAUGGUUUGUGCACUAAGUAUAAAAAAGGCACUGGGUGGCAUUUAAAAUCCACUAAAGGUGGUAACUCUAUUGAAAAAUGUAUCUUGGAUUGUGACUAUAAUUUUUGG